AUGGAAAUGUCCAUAGAAAUGUUCAUAUACAUGUUUAUAGAAAUUUUGAUAGAAAUGUUCAUAGAAAUAUUCAUAGAAAUGUUCAUAGAAAUGUUCAUAGAAAUGUUCAUAGAAAUGUUCAUAGAAAUGUUCAUAGAAAUGUUCAUAGAAAUGUUCAUAGAAAUGUUCAUAAAAAUGUUCAUAAAAAUGUUCAUAGAAAUGUUCAUAGAAAUGUUCAUAGAAAUGUUCAUAGAAAUGUUCAUAGAAAUGUUCAUAGAAAUGUUCAUAGAAAUGUUCAUAGAAAUGUUCAUAGAAAUGUUCAUAGAAAUGUUCAUAGAAAAGUUCAUAGAAAUGUUCAUAGAAAUAUUCAUAGAAAUGUUCAUAAAAAUGUUCAUAGAAAUGUUCAUAGAAAUGUUCAUAGAAAUGUUCAUAGAAAUGUUCAUAGAAAUGUUCAUAGAAAUGUUCAUAGAAAUGUUCAUAGAAAUGUUCAUAGAAAUGUUCAUAGAAAUGUUCAUAGAAAUGUCCAUAGAAAUGUUCAUAGAAAUGUUCAUAGAAAUGUUCAUAGAAAUGUUCAUAGAAAUGUUCAUAGAAAUGUUCAUAGAAAUGUUCAUAGAAAUGUUCAUAGAAAUGUUCAUAGAAAUGUUCAUAGAAAUGUUCAUAGAAAUGUUCAUAGAAAUGUUCAUAGAAAGGUUCAUAGAAAGGUUCAUAGAAAGGUUCAUAGAAAUAUUUAUAUAA